GCGCUGCUGCCGCGCACGGGAGGCAGGCCGGUGUUUUUCCACAAGUGAUGUCUAAUGGUCACCCAUGUUGAGAGACAAAGGUCAGAAAAAAGAAGCUCAUAAACUAAAUGUACCGCUGCCGCUGCUAUUCAGCACCGAGCAGCCGCACAAUACAGAAGAGACACGAGCCCUUCAAAGGAAUUAAAGGAAAUAAACAGUAAAGCAUGGCCCAGAAGGAGAAACUUCAGUGUCUAAAGGACUUCCACAAGGACAUUCUGAAACCCUCCCCAGGAAAGAGCCCAGGCACAAGGCCAGAGGAUGAAGCAGAGGGAAAACAUCCCCAAAGGGAAAAGUGGGCUAGCAAGCUUGACUUUCUUCUAUCAGUCGCCGGGGGCUUUGUUGGUUUAGGCAACGUUUGGCGGUUCCCGUACCUCUGCUACAAGAAUGGUGGAGGUGCUUUUCUCAUCCCGUACUUCAUUUUCCUGUUUGGUGGAGGACUGCCUGUAUUCUUCCUGGAGGUGGCGCUUGGUCAGUUCACCUCUGAAGGAGGAAUCACCUGCUGGGAGAAACUUUGCCCCAUUUUUACAGGUAUCGGCUAUGCAUCCAUAGUGAUUGUGUCUCUGCUGAACAUCUACUACAUUGUGAUUCUGGCCUGGGGCUUGUACUACCUGUUCCAGUGCUUUCAGCCAGAGCUUCCCUGGGCAAGCUGCAACAACAAAUGGAACACAGAAAAUUGUGUGGAGGAUACCCUCCGCAAGAACAAGACACUCUGGGUGGCUGCGAAUGCUGCUAACUUCACUUCCCCCGUCACUGAGUUCUGGGAGCGAAAUGUCCUCAGCAUCUCAGAUGGUAUCGAGCAGGUGGGUCAUAUUAAAUGGGACCUGGCUCUGUGUCUGCUCGCUAUGUGGGUCAUCUGUUUCUUCUGCAUCUGGAAGGGUGUUAAGUCCACUGGGAAGGUUGUGUACGUAACAGCAACAUUUCCAUUUGUCAUGUUAAUUGUCCUGCUUGUACGGGGUGUCACUCUUCCUGGGGCAGCCGAGGGCAUCCAAUUUUAUCUGUACCCAAAUGUGACUCGCCUUGGAGACCCAGAGGUGUGGAUCGAUGCAGGGACACAGAUUUUCUUCUCUUAUGCCAUCUGUCUUGGAGCCAUGACGUCACUGGGAAGCUACAACAAGUACAAAUACAACUGCUACAGGGACUGUUUGCUGCUGGGAGGCCUGAACAGCGCUACAAGUUUUGUGUCUGGCUUCGCAAUAUUUUCCGUCCUGGGCUUCAUGGCACAAGAGCAAGGGGUGGACAUAGCCGAUGUGGCAGAGUCAGGUCCUGGUUUGGCCUUCAUUGCUUACCCUAAAGCUGUGAGUAUGAUGCCACUUCCAACAUUUUGGGCAAUUCUUUUCUUCAUCAUGCUUCUGCUGUUGGGCCUCGACAGUCAGUUUGUUGAAGUGGAAGGGCAGAUCACCUCCCUAGUGGAUCUGUAUCCAUCCUUCCUAAGGAAGGGUUAUCGGCGUGAAAUCUUCAUUGCUAUAGUCUGUUUUGUGAGCUACCUGUUGGGACUUACCAUGGUCACCGAGGGUGGCAUGUACGUAUUUCAACUCUUUGACUACUAUGCAGCCAGUGGCGUGUGCCUUUUAUGGGUUGCAUUCUUUGAAUGUAUUGCUGUUGCCUGGGUUUAUGGCGCUGAUAAUUUCUAUGAUGCGAUUGAAGAGAUGAUUGGUUACAGACCAAACCCCUGGAUGAAGUGGAGUUGGACUGUAAUCACACCUCUUCUGUGUGUGGGAUGCUUUGUCUUCUCAUUGGUCAAGUACACACCCUUGAGAUACAACAAAGUCUACGAGUACCCGGAUUGGUCUAUUGGAGUCGGCUGGACCCUUGCCCUCACGUCCAUGAUCUGCAUACCAAUGGUGGUUGUGAUCAAAAUCAUUCAAUCAGAUGGACCCCUUAUAGAGAGGAUCAAAGCGGUGGCGGCACCUGUGAAGGGAGGAGCCAGUUCUUGCCCUCAGGAGUACCAGCCCAAAUGCAACGAGCUGGCGAAGCCGCUGGACCCCAACUGGAACGGAGGCUUGAUGAAGCCCACCCACACCAUCGUAGAAACUAUGAUGUGAACGCUCUCUGUGAGAGGAUUCAAUGACCUGCUUUUCCAUUUUAUAUAUAUAUAUAUAUAUAUAUAUAUGAUUCUAUAUAAUACAUGUAUUAAAAAUAUACUCUGUAACUUUUGACAUAGUCGUAGGACCAGGUUUACAUUGCUACGCAUCUGCACUAGGAGUCCUUGUUUUGUUUUGUUUUUCUACAGAGAAAGUUAGAUUUUUCUGUCUGUAUUUUUAAUAUUUUUAUCACUAUUAUAUUACUAUUAUUGUCGCUGUUAUUAGAAUGAGAACAGAUCGUAAACAGCAGUAUCCUGAACGUAGAACCAUGACCUUUCUAUUUUUGUAACUUUUAUCUUGUACAUAUCGAAAUCAUACUGUGUUUAUUUUUUUGAGAAUCAUGGGGAAAACACAAAGGGCUCCGUAAACGUGAAUCGCGAAAAGUAAUGUUGGUUUACAAAGAUCUAAAAAAUACAAAAAAACACCCUCAUCCUCGCCAACAUGAAAGGCUCAUCUUUUUAGGGAUAGAAGUCAUUAUGCAUUAUUGUAGAGCUUUAAGUGUGUCCCGACAAACUGUUUAGACUGGAGAUUGUGCUAUCCGGAAGAAUCGAGCCGUAACCACUGCUUGUUUUCAUUGCACUAUACCACUACACUCUCCAUAUUGUUGCACCAUUUAAAUGGAUAGUUUACAAAAAAAAUUCGUCAUCAUUUACUCACCCUCAAUUUGUUCCAAACCUGUAAGACUUUUCGUUUUAGAUAGAAUGAUUCAUCAUACAAUAAAAGUCAAUGGGGUACAAAACAUUGACUUUCGGGGACCAUUUAGAACUCACUGUUUUCAACUAAAAAUUAUUUUUUUAAAUGUAUUUUGGCAUUCACUGACACAACAAUGGCAUUUGGGGGGGGGGGGGGGGGGGGGGGGGGUUAAAAGUUAAAGUUUUUGAUAACAAUACCAUUAUCACCUCUGCAUAAAUGAUAAAAAUGCGAAUUUGUGAAAACAGAGGCAUUAUGCGCAUGCAUAUUACGUCUUCUGUCUGUAAGCAUAUAAUGUUUCUUUACAAAGUGACAACGCCAACUACUGGCAUGGCAUGCAUAAUAUAGCUUUUUUGUAGUUUUUGCGGACCCAUGUGAAUGGGGAUUGUUUUUACAUGUUUGUACAUGAAAAACGCAAAGGAAAAACUCUUCUGUUUUAAUAAAUUCUUUUUGUGUAAAUGUACCCUCAUUGUAUGAAAAACUUAAAAAAAAAAAAAAAAACCUUAUUGAAAUGUCUCUCAAACAGUCAUUGUACAUUUUCCUCAACAAAACGGAACAUCGUGAGAGUGAGUAAAAAAACUGAACUUUAAUUUUUGCGUGAACUGUCCCUUUUAAGUCUGUUAAAAAUGGUGCAUGACUUCGGAAUUAAGUGUCUCACUAAUUCUUAUCCGUCUCUUUCCUCUUCAAAAGAUGCGUUCACAGUAAGUGACUUUUGUAGCAAAUACAACA